AAACCACCCACACUUUUGAAAUUAGCCCAAACUUUUCUAGGUUCAACUUCAACCGAGUUUCAAUUUUUGCUAGUUGGCUCUAUAUGCUUCCCUGUUCCUAAUCAAGACUUGUCCUUUCAGUUCCAUCGCCUAAUAUCCAUGUCGACAACAUAUUUUCGGCGUUGUCUCCACCACCGUAUACUCCUCCACACAGCAACCUCAACACCCAAUUUGUUUUCAGACCCACUUUUCAAAUCCAAAGUUUCACAACUCAUUUCAAACCAGCACUGGUCUAAACUCAAGGACUUAAUUAAACCCAUUAACCCAACUUCUUUUCUUGAACAUCUUUUGGAUUCUGGGUUUGAUUCUUCUUCCAUCUUGAGUUUCUUCAGGUGGUCUCAAAAUCAUCAGGUUUAUCACCACCCUCUUGAAAAUUUAUUCAAAGUUCUUGUUUUAUUAGUCAAUGAUAAAAGAUACCCAAAGGUUCGAUCUUUAUUGCAUAAUUUUGUUAAAAAUGGGAAACCCCAUACUGUUUCUUCUGUUUUUCACACACUGUUGACAUGUAGUGAUAAUGUGUGUGCUAAUUCUAUUAUUAUUGACAUGUUGGUAUUAGCUUAUGUUAAUAAUGGUAGGGUGGAUUUAGCUCUUGAGGCUUUUAAUAGAGCUGGGGAUUAUGGGUUUAAGUUAUCUGUGUUUUCGUGUAAACCGAUGCUUAAAGGGGUGGUGAAAGAGGGAAAGUUUGAGGUAGGAGAGCUUGUGUAUAAGGAGAUGAUUAGGAGGAGGAUUGAGGUUGACUUGUACACGUUUAAUAUUGUGAUUAACGGGUUGUGUAAGGCGGGGAAGUUGAAUAAGGCUAGGGAUGUGAUGGAAGAUAUGAAGGUUAGAGGGAUUAUGCCUAAUGUGGUUACUUAUAAUACAUUGAUCGAUGGGUAUUGCAAGAGGGGUGGGGAUGGGAAGAUGUAUAAAGCCGAUGCACUUUUGAGAGAAAUGGUGGAGCAGGGGGUGAGUCCAAAUGCGAGAACUUAUAAUACUCUUAUUGAUGGGUUUUGUAAGGAUGAUAAUGUCGGGGCAGCUAUGAAGUUUUUUAAAGAAAUGCAGCUUCAAGGGAUGAGACCGGACAUUGUGACAUUUAACUCAUUAAUUGAUGGGCUUUUUGGUGAUGGGAAAGUUGGUCAGGCUCUUGGUUUACGUGCAGAAAUGAUACGAUUGGGGUUCGAGCCUAAUAUUCGGACUUAUAAUGUAAUGAUAAAUGGUUUUUCAAAAAUGAAGAUGUUUAGAGAGGCUAAAGAGUUGUUUGAGGAUGUUAUGAAGCAAGGGUUAGAUCUAAAUGUACUAACUUUCAACACAGUUAUUGAUGCUCAUAGUAAGGCUGGAAAAUUGGAAGAAGCAGUCGCUCUUCGUGACUUGAUGUUGAGCAAACUGAUUUGUCCUAGCAUUUCAACGUAUAAUUGCUUAUUAGGUGGUUAUUAUCGAGAGGGAAAUGUUGGAGCAGCAAAAGAGCUAUUGGAGGAAAUGGAGAAGAAGACUGUGAAGGUUGAUUUAGUAACGUACAACAUUCGAAUAGAUGCAAUGUGCAAAAGGGGAGAAUCAAGAAAGUCAGUUAGACUUCUGGAUGAGAUGUUUGAGAAAAGGUUGGUCCCAAGUCACGUGACAUACAACACUUUGAUGGCUGGCUAUUGCCAAGAAGGUAACCCCAAAGCAGCUGUUACUAUUAGGAAAAGAAUGGAGAAGGAAGGAAUGCAACCAAAUGUUGUCACUUAUAAUGUGUUGAUUAAAGGUUUCUGUCAGAAAGAUAAACUGGAAGAAGCAAAUGCUCUUUUGAAUGAGAUGUUGGAAAAAGGAUUGAUACCCAAUAGAAUUACCUAUGACAUUAUCAGAGAAGAAAUGAUAGACAAGGGAUUUGUCCCUGACAUAGAUGGACACCUCUACAAGGAUAUUGUCAAUUGUUAAUUAUGGUGGAGAAGUUUGAGAGUGGUCUAAUCGACUCAUUCUGUCAUUGUUAUUUCACGUAUUCAGAGGGACAAAGAAAAGUCUUUGCGGCUCAUGAUUGCAUUGCAAAGCUGCAAGGGUUGGUUAAUUAUAUUAAAACCUGUACAUGGGUGCAAUUCAGUGGAGGACUUGUCUGCUUCGUCAUGAAAGGCAAUCUUUUGUGCUCAGACAUAGUUGCAACUGAAACAGAAGGUACAUCAUGAAUUUGCAUGGCUCUGGCUUUUCAUGAAAGACGAUUUCGUGGCCGUUGUUUGCAAAGUUCAAAGUUUGCUGGCGGGUCCUUGGCUUGUUGACCAUCUGCCACAAUGUGGUUUUAGGGGAGUGACAUGGCAAGAGAACACUUGUCUGACUGGAAGUUCUCGUGUUGAACCCCUUAGCAAUCUACUCUACAAAGCCUGGUAAGACAUUCUGAUUUGAUCGGGUUUUGGGGAGAAAUACUAAGCACUGAGGUAUUAAUGAGAGAGAUAGAAACUGUUCAGUGUAACAUGGUAUUUGUUUUGUGGAAUCACCGGGAACAGAAUCCACAAUUUUUUUUUGCCUGGUAAUCUUUUGACUGUAAAAAUGUAUUAGAAUUUCAAUAACUUUACGAAAUAAUACUAUCCAUCAAAGUUCUGGAAUCCCCAUUUGCUUGUACUCACUCUUUUAGUUUUUCUAAAUUUUUUUUAGGCCUUUUUCUUUCAGAUGAUUCCUUGUAUUUCAGCCAAACAUGAGAAUGGAAAAACAAUUUUCUGUGUGUAUUAGAGAUAUGGUUUGAGUUAUGGAAUUUGGUUUGGA